AGUAAAGCACGUCUCAGUAUUGGGCAUUCUUCUAAAAGUGUACAUGUAUGCUUUCUGCAAGUUUCAAAAGCUGUAGAAAUCUUUUCUUUUCGUAAGUAAGCUGUUAAAUCGCAGACAGGAUUGAUAAAGUUUUUGACAACCAGGUAACCUGUUACGAUAUGUUUAGCCUUGGGAACUUAAAAGUUAGAGCAAGCGUUCUCACGGGUUAUUUUCGCAGUAGAACCAGACCUUUCAGAGUAGCUGAGAGGAAAAUUUGUGUUUUUCUUCAGGAGCCGUGUGUAACAUUAUGAUGGCUAAACGGCUUUUAUUUGGUGCAGACUGUAGAAGAAAGUAUGUAUCUGUUAUUCGUAAUGCCAUAUGUUCGGAAAUACACGGCAGCAGUUGGAUGAAGGCGUGUGCUGCGAAUGUUCAAGGAAGGUGGCCAAAGGUGGAAAAUGCUAUGGAACGGCUGCCAACAUCGGUCAGUGCCAAAAUCCCUUUCAAGCGGAGAAUGUGCAGUACUUUCCAGUCAACAAUCGAUCAGGCUGAAAUCAAAAAGUUUCAGUCUUUGGCACAGAAGUGGUGGGAUGAAAAUGGAGAGUUUCAGGCUCUGCAUACUAUGAAUGAUCUUAGAGUUCCUUUUAUCAGGGACACACUCAUCAAUUAUAUUGGCAGUCGUCAGUCAGGUAGUCCUCUUUCUGGUGUCAGACUUUUGGAUGUUGGCUGUGGCGGUGGAUUAUUAAGUGAGCCUCUUGCUAGACUUGGAGCAGUGGUAACUGGUCUCGAUCCUGUGGAAGACAACAUUAGAACAGCUGAAGUGCAUAAGUCACCCGAUCCUUUCCUGAACAAACAACUCCAGUAUAAGGCAUGUUCCCUGGAGGACAUUACUGAAGAGUGUUCAGAAUGUUUUGAUGCUAUUGUAGCAUCUGAAGUACUAGAGCAUGUGGCUGAUCGGGAAACGUUUAUCAAUUGCUGCUAUCAUGUGUUAAAGCCUUCAGGACAUCUGUUUAUCACUACUAUUAACAAAACCAACUUAUCGUACCUCAUUGGCAUCAUUGCUGCUGAAUGGAUCUUCAGUAUUGUGCCCAGAGGAACACACGAGUGGGAAAAAUUUGUAAUUCCUGAAGAGUUAGAAAGGCAGUUAGAAUCAAAUGGCUUCUAUGUGGAAUCCAUUAAUGGGAUGUAUUAUAAUAUUUGCUCUGGGUUGUGGAGUUGGACAGAAAGUACAAGUAUUAACUAUGCACUUCAUGCAGUGAAAUCCAAGGACACACAACAUCCAGAGUCUGAAAAUCCUGUUUCUGAGGAAACCAUACAGUCUUAUGCUAACAGUGCGUCAUAGCCAUGGGAUCAUAAUACUGCUUUCCAAGAUUAAGUGGGAUAAAAUUUAUGAACUUCAGCCACUAUGCAAGAAGUCUGCAGUACACUUAAGAAAGAAAUACUGGCUUCAUUUAGCAGCCAUUCGUAACUGUCAUUGAAAGAUGUGUGGUUGUGCAGAUACAAAGAUAUGUUUGCCCUUUCUGUGUGACCUUUUUCCCCAGAAUAAUUACAGUGCAGGUUGAUGUAUACACUGAGAUUACACUGGCCUUGCAGACCCUGGCAUCUUUAAAGCUUGAUUUUUUUUUUUACACUAAUUAAAUUACAGAGGAGGCUGUUGACUA